ACCUUCCGUCUGACAGAGUAUUUAAACUUAACUGUCAGGGACAAACUUUAUCAGAUCAGUAUCAGAAAACCGAUUGUGGGUGGGAUAGAAGCAAAGAAUGGCAAAGCUCACUGCGUGUGUCUUCCUAAUGUUGAUGGUGCUGACGGAGCUGACUGAAAGCAGUCCCUUUUGCUGCACACAGUACCAAGAAACUCCACUCCCAGUGCAGGCGCUGAAAUACUACAAAAUCCAGAGGGACACAGAUUAUUGUAACAUCAAGGCAGUAAUUUUCAGGACUAAGAGAAAGAGACUUGUCUGUGCCAAUCCUGACCAAGAGUGGGUGCAAAAGGCCAUGGAGUCUGUACCAGAAAAACAUUGAGCUGCAUGAAGAUCAACUGAAGAUAUCAACUCAAACUCAUAGUUUUUUUGUACUGUUUUUAAUAAAUAAAAUAUUUUUGCA